ACUUAAUAAAAAUCCUUGCAUCACUCUCUCAUUCUCUCUCACACUAUCAAACAAGAAUAAUAGAAGCCACUUAUUUUUAAUAGUCUCAUCUCUCUCCUCAUGUUUUCUCUCUUUCAAAUAAAGGGAAACAUUUCAUUUAGUGGGGUUUGAGUUAUUUGGAUAUUCAUACACUAUAUUUUAAGCUUCUCAUUUUUUGUCUGAAAAUUAUUCUUAGGAUUCUACAAGAAAGAUGACAUGAAGGAUCCUUGAGAGUUAUUUUUCUUUUGGAGUGAUGCAAUGUUUUUGUGGCUUGAUUUUGUAAAUUUUCUUUUUUUAAAAAGGAAUAUUUUGAUUUUCUCUCCUUCAAUUUAAAGAAAAAUCAAACACAAUGUCAAUGGGGGAGUAAAAACCUAAUUAAGGUUUUCGGGGUCAUGAUUGAUACUGUGUUUGUUUAGAUAAACAUGUAAACAGAGCCAGUACUAGAAUUUUGAGUUUAUGUUUUUUGAAUUUUAAUAAAAGGAGCUUUCUUGAUUCUGAAUAAAUUAUUUAUACAUAUAUAUUAAGUAAAUUUUUUAAGAUCGAAGGAGAAGCUAGGGUUCAAAAGGGCCAAUGAAACUGCUAGUGAACUGACUUUCUACGCCUUCUCUCUUGCAAAUGAACUAAAACAAAUAUAAAAAUUGAAUCCAAAUUACUGGAUUCGGCGAGAACUGUAGCUCCUGCAUGUGAGUAGACUUCUUCUGUUUCCUUUUUCCAAACAAAAUGGAAAGAAAUAUUGGAGAGCCUACUGAUGACUGGAAUUCUCAAAUUGUUGGAAAUUUGGACUCAGAAACAAUGUUAGAUACUCAAGAAAGUGAUGUAAAAAUUGAAGAAAGAAGUGGAAAUACAGAAAAUGGGAGUUUAUUUCCCAAUAAUAAUAAUAAGCGCAGUAGCAUUGCGGAGCGCCGGGCAGCAAAAUGUGGUUUCAAUGCGUCUACCAUUAGUAUAGCCCGGUUUAGGGUUACAACUACAAGUAUGCCGGAGAUGUCGCCGCCAACGGCUCGGCCAACUUUUCUGACAAUACCUCCGGGACUAACUCCGGCAGCAUUGCUCGACUCUCCUGUUAUGCUCCCAAAUUCACUGGCACCACAAUCUCCAACCACUGGAAGCUUUCACUUCUCCAAUAUCAAUCAAGAAAACAGAAUGAAGAGUACUCCUCAGAUAGCAAGAGAUCAUUUUGAAUUCCCAGUGGAAUCUCCAAAAGCGACUGCCUUAAAGAACUGCAGCCGAGAAACAAAUGUUGGACAAAACAUGAGCUGCAUUGGCUUAACAAAUAUUCAUGAGUCAGGAAAUUGCACCAGAAGAGCAAACCAAUAUGAGCAAAGAAGUAAUAAUAUUACUCCUAACGGUUCAGAUGAUGGAUACACUUGGAGAAAAUAUGGGCAGAAACAUGUAAAAGGGAGUGAAUUUCCAAGGAGUUAUUACAAAUGUACUCAACAAAAUUGCCCUGUUAAGAAAAAAGUUGAACGUUCUCCAGAUGGACAGAUAACAGAAAUUGUGUACAAAGGCGCACAUAAUCAUCAUAAAUCUCAGCCUCCUCGACGUGCAACAAUGAGUUCAACUGCCUAUGGUUUGGGAGAAAUGAGUGAAGGAAAUAUUGGUGGAUCAAAUAGUUGGCAAUUUGGAAGAAAUAAGGAUGUUAGAGCUCCUUCAGGUCUGGACAGAACAUCCUCUGCAUCUGUUUUGACAGAUGUCUCUGAUUCAUUAAUGUUAAAUUAUCAAAACACCAAUAUGAAUGCGUUUGAAUCAGCUACUCCUGAGCCUUCUUCUACGCUUGCUAGUCGUGAUGAUGAAGACGAAGAUAGAGCUACUGAAGGGAGCACUUCGCUUGGUGAUGAUGUUGAUGAUUAUGCAUUUGACCAUAAAAGAAGGAGGAGAGAAUUUUACUCAGCUGAAACGAGUUUAUCGUCGAGGACAGCAAGAGAACCAAGAGUAGUUGUCCAGAUAGAGAGCGAGAUCGAUAUUCUUGAUGAUGGUUAUCGCUGGAGAAAAUAUGGCCAAAAAGUUGUUAAGGGAAAUCCAAAUCCCAGGAGCUAUUACAAAUGCACAAGUGCAGGAUGUCCAGUAAGAAAGCAUGUGGAAAGGGCUCCAGAUAACCUAAAGUCAGUCAUCACAACAUAUGAAGGAAAACAUAACCAUGAAGUGCCUUCAGCAAACAAGACAAACUGUGCUAUUUCUGGAAACCAAGCUUUAACUUCUACUUCAAAACCCCAUAAAGUUUCCAAUUCAGGAAUGCAGGUUCAAGAUUGUAAUAGAAAGCCCUUUGACUAUGUAAGAAUAGGAGCUGCUUCAUCUAUAUAUGACCUGAAAUUCCCAACUAAUUUACGCAGCAGCCCUUUGUCCUACGCUUCUUUCCUUUUGAGCCCGAAUCCUUUGCAGAUGCCUGAAUUCCCACUGCCAAUGAGUCUUCCCUUUGGCCCUAAUAUUGUGCCUCCUCUUGCUGGAUUUCAUUUUAAUGCUGGUGAGGAUCAAAAGUAUAUAUAUUCACGACAACAACAAAAGUUCGAGACUAGUGAAAGGCAAUGAAGAGUUCAAGAAUGAAAAUUAUAUUUGUGUGAUCAUCAAAAUGGAGCAUCAUCUGCAGUAUUUUGUGGCCAAAUUAUGGACAAUUUUCCAUCUUAGAAGACCUUAAUUGAUACUGGUCUUUGUUUUUUUAGGCUCUCUAAAGAGAUAACAUGUUACCAAAAAAAGGGGGGGAAUGAGAGGAUGGUCUUCAACAUAUUUUUGGUAGAUGAUCUGAUCUUUAGUUUCAGACGAUCAUCCUUUUUGAUUUCAUGUAAAAAUCUUUUUUCCAGUUUUCAUGUUUUUGAAGGAACUUCUUUGAGCAAACUGCCAAGAAAGAAGAUAAUCUUGUUUU